CCAGAUGCGUUCGGCGAGGAAAACGGGCGGAUCGAGUACUACGCCGUUGUCGCCACCACCAACGCGUCGCUGGUGAGGCCCACCCGGGAGAUGGUCUCCAGCACCUGGUUCGAUCACUACUACGGGCAGAAGGACUCCUACGUGGCGGUGCUGCUCGCCAGCCCUUUCCAGCCGGGUGAGAGACGGGCUGCCCAGCCCUGGGCGGUGCCUGUGGGAACGCAGGAGUGUGGCCAGUCCCGGGAGAUCUGCAACGGGAAGCUGAAGGCGAACGCAGAGUACAGGUUCAGCAUUGCUGCUUUCACCAAGUACGACCGGGUGGAGCCUUCUGUGUCCUUCACGAGAUUUUCGGCGGCUGGCGCUGGCGCAGACCCCAGUCCUGUUGUGGUGCCCGUCGCGGCUGGGAUUGGCGCGGGCUUCCUCCUGACGUUCGCCGCCCUUUUCGGAUGGGUCUGCUGGAAAGCCAAGAAGAGCAACCUCCCGCAAGAAAUGGCCACGUACAGCUUUCGGAAUGUCCACCGGCCCAUCGCCAUGCACAGCUUCAAGCAGCACUACGAGGCGAGGGCGGCGAACGCCAACCAGGGCUUCUUCCAGGAGUUUGAGGAGCUGAAGGAAGUAGGCAAGGAGCAAUCUAAGGUGGAAGCGGAACUUCCAGCCAACGUUUCCAAGAACCGAUACCCCCACGUGCUGCCCUACGAUCACUCGAGAGUCAGGCUGAGCCAGCUGGGGGAGGAGCCCCACUCCGACUACAUCAACGCCAACUUCAUCCCGGGCUACUCCUCCCCGCGGGAGUUCAUCGUCACGCAGGGGCCGCUGAAGAAAACCAUUGAGGAUUUCUGGAGGCUGGUCUGGGAGCAGGGCGUCUGCACCGUCAUCAUGCUGACCGUGGGCAUGGAGAACGGACGGGUGCUGUGUGAUCACUACUGGCCUUCAGAGUCAUCGCCGGUCACCUAUGGGAACCUCCGCGUUGACCUGCUCUCCCAGAGCAGCGCCGAUGAGUGGACCUUGCGUGCAUUCAAGCUCUGGCACGAGACGCUCCGGGAAGAGAGGCGUGUGAGCCACCUGCACUACACAGCCUGGCCAGACCACGGCAUUCCCGAGUCCACCGCCUUC